AUGUUGACCUGUGAUCAUCCAGUUCCGCCAGAUCGGUACAACGAUCGAGUGGAGGAGCAUUUGCGAGUUACUGGAUUUUAUCAUGCAUCGCAAAUUGGUGUCGUACAGAAUCAGAAAGCACUCGUGAAUGCUCUAAUCGAACGCUGGCACCCUGAUACACAUACGUUUCACCUUCCAAUUGGUGAAUGUGCUGUAAGUCUUGAAGAUGUUGCUCUAAUUCUUGGUCUACCGACGGAUGGUCUUCUAGUUACUGGGAUGACAAUGAGUAGCUUCCCAGCGUUGGAGGCGGAGUGUUUGCAUCAGUUUGGAGUUGCACCGAGUGUGCACUGGAAGUUUCUACCCUUGCUUCGUGAUUUUGCCAGUAUUGGACAGUAUAGUUGGGGAUCGGCAUGCCUAGCACACCUCUACAGGGCAUUAUGCAGGGCAUCUCGUUAUAACUGUAAGGAAAUGGAUGGUCCAAUAACACUUCUGCUCGGUUGGGCUUGGAUGCGAAUGCCAUACCUAUCGCCGCUUCCUAGGGAACCCCACAGUUUUCCACUAGCCAACAGGUGGCGUAAUUGGGAGCGUGGUGACAGACGAUAUAGAUAUCUUAAUCUAGCUCACUUUAGGAAGGCCUUUGAUGACCUGCAGGAAGGCCAAUUUGUGUGGGUUGCAUAUGCUGUGGAUCGUGUGGAUCCGAACAUCAUUCCUGCUGAAAUAUAUAUGCAGUCGGUUGUGUGGACCGCUACUGUUCCGUUGGUGUCAUUUGAAUGUAUCGAGUGGCAUGCUACCGAUAGGUUUAGGCGACAGUUCGGUUUCGUACAGGGAGUACCUUCUGAAGGGCGGAGUCUGGAUAAGGCCCAUGGAGAAGUCCUGACUGGUCCUAAGAAUCUUAACUGGGCCACAACACCGAUUCAUUCAAGUUGGGUAAUGUAUUGGACAAACAGGUAUAACUACAUUCUUUCUGAGCUUCCCAUUAAUUCACCGCAUCCAUUGGAAACUUACAUGUUGUGGUACCGGUCAAAAUAUGGCCACCGGUUGAACUUGUCGAAUCUUGUGGGUCAAGACAGUGAUGAGGAUAAUCAGGAUAUCGAUGAGGGUAAUGAGGUUAUGGAUGAGGAUAAUGAGCGAAUGGAUGAUGAUCAAAACCUCCAAAAUAAUUGUGUUUAA